AAAAUAAGAAAAAAUUAGAAUGAAAGUAAAAACGCAAGAAAUCGACGGAAAAUUGUGAAAAAGUGCAAAAAGUUCUAAUUACAAAUAGCGGUGGACUAAGUGAUUACAAUAAAUUAAAUAAUCCAAUUGGUAACCGAAAAUUUACGUCACAUUUGUGUGUAAUAAAAAAUGAGACUUCGUCGUGUGGUCGAUUUUGAAAUUAUAAGAAUGAAAAUGCAUAUAGUGUGAAAAGCGAAAAGAAAAUUCCUCCCAACAACAAAUGCAGCAGUGGCAAAGCAGCUUAUACGGCCGCGCCCCCAAGCCCACUUUCUGCCAGGAAGAAUAGCACUGGUGGUCAUAGUGAUUCCCUUACAAAAGAAAAUUCUUAUAUCGCGUUACAUAUAAAUCGUGAAACAAGUUUAGUUAAUAGCAAAAGUUACGAAUUUUACAAUUACAAAUAAAUAACUUGCAAGUGUAUUAGCAUUCCUUUAUUAUAUUGUGUUGUCGAGUGGUUGUGUGUGAUCAAACGAUUAGAGGAUAGCAAGCCAGUGGCGAGUGCCACAAGAGCUGUGACGACAACGAGUCGGUCGGUGGGUUAAGGUGGAGGAGGUUUGCUAAAAGCACAUUAGCUGAAAACAAUCAGCCGCUUGCGUAGUCGGCUAAUACAACCUUCAGCAAGUCAAAACAAAUAUUAGAUUCAGAGUAAUGGCCGCACAACUCGAUCCGAAUGUCAAGGACGACUUGAAGACUCAGUUCGUGACGCUUGAAGGCACCUACCGGUUACUCACGCUGUCUGAGUACUCCCGUCCAAAUCGUGUUGGCUAUAAUACCAAUCAAAGUUCACCGCAAGUGCGUGUUUCCAUUGUGUCGCUGCCUAAUAAUAACCCGUGUCCAAAUACAAUAAGUGGUACGAGCGGUGGUGGUAGCACCGCUGUAGCUGGCUCUAUAAAUGGCAAUGUGAAUGGUUCUGCAACAAAUAAUUCCAAAGGAAGUGGUGAUGGUUCUGCGAAUGGUAGCAAUGCGUCCGCCACUGGUUCUUUAGUGAAUGGUCAACAACAGGCUGCUUACGGUGUGCCAGCUACCAUGGAUGCGCGACUUGGUGCGGGCAUUUCUAUGCAUACAAUGAUCAACGGUGGAUCGGAUGGACAAAAUGGUCUGGCUAGUCAAAUCUAUGGAGGUGAUAGGAUUUGUUUCAAUUUCGGCAGGGAAUUAUACGUUUAUGCAUUUAGAGGAGUGAAAAAGGGUGCAGAAAUGACCAAACCGAUCGACAAGAAGUUCUAUAAAGGCACCAAUCCGAGUUGUCAUGACUUCAACGCGACCACAGCCACGUCGACUGGCGCGCCACUGCUCGUAGGUUUCACCACAGGGCAAAUCCAGCUUGUCUCCCCACAGCCAGGACCACGUGAGCUACGCAAGCUAUACAAUGAAGAGCGGCUGAUUGACAAGACCAAAGUGACAUGCCUGAAAUGGUUACCGAAUUCACCGAAUUUAUUUUUGGCUUCGCAUGCAUCAGGCAAUCUGUAUUUAUACAACGAGGACCUCCCCUGCACACCGACUGCGCCCAACUAUCAGCCCUUUAAAAUGGGCGACGGCUAUACAAUACUCACCUGCAAAUCGAAAUCGACGCGUAAUCCACUAUACAAAUGGAUAUUCAACACCGAGAAUUGCUGCAUCAACGAGUUUUGCUUCUCGCCAUGUGGUUCCAAUUUGGCCAUCGUCUCGCAGGAUGGCUUCCUGCGUGUCUUUCACUAUGACACCAUGGAAUUGCUGGGCAUAGCGCGUUCCUAUUUCGGUGGCUUUUUGUGUGUGUGUUGGUCGCCAGAUGGCAAAUAUAUUGUGGUCGGCGGUGAAGAUGACCUGGUGACGGUGUGGUCGCUGCACGAACGACGUGUAGUGGCACGCGGUCAAGGUCAUCGUUCAUGGGUAUCCGUGGUGGCAUUUGAUCCCUACACCACAUCGUACACCAACUGGGAUGGCGGUGACUUUUCCGACGACGAAAAUCAAAUGAACGAAUACGGCAUUGGGCGAGAAGCGCGUUUCUCGGCCGAUUCAACGGCCAAUGGCUUCGAUUACAUACCCGGUGUCAGUAGCAUUGCGCAUGAGAAAAACUCCACACCGAAUCAUACACGACAGCGGCCACACUCAGCAUCGUUUCGUUCGGAUGCAUCGUCAUCGGCGGCGCUGGCACCGGACAAACUGGCGAUAAGCUAUCGUCUGGGCUCGGUCAGUCAGGAUACGCAGAUUUGUCUGUGGGACAUAACAGAGGAUGUGCUGAGACACCCAUUGUCUCUGCGUCAACGAGUCAAUAGUGUUAAUUUGAACGAUACUAGUUAUAUGAACGGCGGUAUCGAUGCGGAUGGCAUCAAAGUGAUACGGCCAAUAGCCAUAGGUAAUAUAUCGGCACCUUUCUCACCACCACAACACACCAGCAGUCCAACGAAAGAAACAGUAGCGCCUGAGAACAACAGCAACAGCAGCUCAAGUAAAUUUUCUACAGCGAAUUGUACCAUAUCAUCGCAAUCGUCGAACGCCAACACGCCACCGGAUGAGGCAAUGCCGGCCGGCAGCAAUAUAACAGGGAAUAACAACAAAGCGAACAAUACGAACAAUAAGGCGAAUGCAACAGGUAACUCAAUAAAAUUUCCCAACUGCAUCAGUGCCACCAAAUCGGACUCCAUUGAAGGUAACAACAAGGACACCGCAUCGAGUGUCUCCACGUCCGGCUACAACAGCAAGAACUCGAAUAGUUCCACCAAGUCUUCAGAUUCGAGCGUCUCGGCAUUCAACAGCCUCACGCAGCGCUUUUCGAAUUUCAGCUUUCUUAGCAACUCGGACAAGAAGACGACCUCCUCAAUAACUGGUUCCUUUGAUGCGUCACAAAUUGCGGCGACGCAUCGCACACAUCGCAAGGGCAUGAGUCUGCUCAAGUCCAACAACCAAACGAAUAACAGCAAUCACAACCACCAAACAUAUGGUGCGGGCAGCAGCACGACAGCCAGCGGCAACGACCACAACAAUAGUGGCGGCGGCGGCAUUGGCAGCAGCAGCACGACGGCGCAUAGCUUCGGUUCACUUAAACUGGGCAAAUCCAAUACACAUUCACACAGCUCAUCGCUGAGCGCAGCAUCCAAUGCUGUAGUGGCUUCCUACGAUCCCAUGAAACUGAUCGGCACACCCUCGUGUCCACGCUUCGACGAAUGCCCACUGCUCGAGCCGCUGAUAUGCAAGAAAAUCGCGCACGAGCGACUCUCGGCGUUGAUAUUUCGCGAAGAUUGCUUCCUAACCGCGUGCCAAGAUGGCUUUAUCUACACAUGGGCGCGACCCGGCUAUGCAACCCAAAAUGUACCACAGCAUUUAUCACCAAGUCAAGUGGCGCCUCCCGGUGGUACGGUAAUAUAGUUCGAUAAAAUAAAUAUGAACAACUAUGCACAGAAUCGCAAAAGGAGCAGUCGCAUGUCAUUGGAAACGCCGGAAUAAAUUUACCAACUCAUGCGCGCGCCGGCCCAAGUCACAAAGUGAACGUUGUUGAAAGUGCGUAGAUUUAAACUGGUGUGGCUGGUGUGAAAUUUAUGCAUGCAAAAUACACUUGGAAAGUAAAAAAAGAAAGAAAAUCAGAA